AUGGCUAAGUCAACAAUCACGACACCACCACAAAGAGGUAGUUCUUUUCGUGAGCAAGUAACUUACCCAAUUGGAUCUGUAUUGGCUCCACAAUAUCUAUCAGUCGUUGACGUCAAUGAUGACGACAAACCAGAUAUUAUUGUUGCAAUUAAUAUGGGACAUAGUGUUGGUGUUUUGCUCAAUGAUGGUUCUGGUCACUUUCACGCCGUAGAAAUGUAUAAAACUGGACAGAGAACAUAUCCACCAGCAGUUGCAGUAGUUGAUGUUAAUAGCGAUAAAAAACCCGAUAUUAUCGUGACAAACCAAAAUACAGACACUAUCGGUGUUUUCCUAAACAUUGGUCAUGGUGAAUUCUCGUUUGAAAAAGAUUACGAGGUUCCGUUCAGUUUCAGUGCGAAGUGUCCGCAAGUAGUGGAUAUCAAUGACGAUACUCAUCCUGAUAUUAUUGUUGCAAACACUCGUGGAGAUAGUAUUGGUAUUUUCUAUAAUUCUGGCAAUGGAACAUUUAUUUCUUGGACAACAUUUUCAACUGGAAAAGAUUCAGAACCAAACUCUGUGUCUGUGAUUGAUGUGAACGGUGAUAAUAAACCUGAUCUUAUUGUGGGUAACUUAAAGACGAGCAAUGUUGGAGUUCUUCUCAAUGCUGGCAAUGGUAAAUUUCUUAGUCAAACAAUAUAUUCAACUGGACUCAACUCACGACCAGAAUCAGUGUUUGUAGCUGAUAUAAAUUGCGACAGCAAACCUGAUAUCAUCGUUGCCAAUUCCAAUGAACAGAACAUUGGUAUAUUUCUCAACUUUGGCAAUGGUACAUUUCAGCCUCAAAUGAUGUAUCCAACAGGAGAUCACACACAACCAUGGUCAGUAGUAGUGGGUGACGUUAAUGGCGACAGCAAACCGGACAUCAUUUUUUCAGAUAAAACUAAUCACGAGAUUAGUAUCUUACAAAACUAUUGA